GUUGCAUUUUUUUUUAGUCCUUACUAUAGAGAUCAUGGCCGUAGCUACAACCAUUGAAAAACCUAUAGAGACAAAAGAAGCAACACCUGUUGAUGAAACAGUCGAGUUUAAUAAACUCAUUAAAGAUCUCAAAGCGAAAGUGGUUGACAUGAAACAACAAUUAAAACCAUUAAAGCAAAAAAUUGAAGAAGGCACAGUUCAUACUUCUAAAGGUGUUUCUUUUCUCGAAGUUAAAUACCAAGUGAUGCUGCAAUACAUUCUUGAACUUGCUUACUUUGUUCACCUCAAACUAUCCGGCAAACAAAUCGAACAUCAUCCUGUGGUUGAUUCACUUGUCGAAUUACGUGUGAUUUUAGAUAAAAUGAAGCCUAUUGAAGCUAAACUAAAAUACCAAAUUGAUAAACUUGUCAGAGCUGCUGUGAUUGACAAGAAUACACAAAAGGAACAAACAACAACAACAACAACAACAACAGAUGCUGUGGAAGCAGAUCCAUUGGCAUUCAAACCCAACCCUAUGAACUUAUUAAACAAAGAUAAGGACGGUUCUGAAGAUGAAGAUGAAGAAACAGAAGAAACUACAGACGGUGUCUAUAGACCACCUAAAUUGGCACCUGUUGCUUAUGAUGAAAAUGCUGGUAGAAAGAGCGGCAAGAAAGAAAGAGAUGAAGCUCGUUUGAAGGAAAAGGCAUCACGAUCACGUAUCAUGAAAGAUUUGAUGACUGAGAUGUCUGAGAAUCCAGAAGAGAUUGGUGUCUUUGGUGGUGUGAAUGAAGGCACAGGUUAUGGUGAUCGCGUAGAUAACUUGAUUGCUGAAAAGAACCAAUAUGAAGAAGACAAUUAUGUUCGUUUGGCAGUUACCCGUAAAGAAAAGCAACGAAUGAACAAGAACAGAAAGAUGCGCUUUGAAAGUGAAUUUGAUGUAAGUCAAAAAAUACACAUGUGGCUUUAUAUACUCAUGAUCAAAAAAAGAACUUGAAUGAUUUCUCCAAUUUGGCUGGAUUGGAACAUGUGGAAGAACAAGAAAAUGAACGAUUUAGAAAUGUGCUUAGCCGUAACAAACAAAAGAAUGAAGUGUAUAAUGGUAAACGUGCAAGAGAUGAUGACAAUGAUGACAAUUUCCAUGGUUUGUUUGAUGGUGAACGCAAAGGAAAGAAUAGGUUCUCUUCUGCGAGAAGUAAAAAGAAAGACGGCAGAGCUAAAAAGAGAAAAUCAUAGAAACAAUUUUAUUAUUAUUAUUAUUAUUCAAUAAAAGGGUAUAGAAAAUAUGGAUAUAUAUAUAUAUAUUUAAC